AUGACUACCGCCGGACCAAAAUUAUUAUGUUUGCACGGUUUCUUACAAAAUGCCAAGGUCUUUUCUGAAAAAUCGUCUGGUAUUAGAAAGUUAUUAAAAAAAGCUGGAAUUCAAACUGAUUAUAUUGAUGGGCCAGUUGUAUUGGAAAGAAAAGAUUUGCCCUUUGAAAUGGAUGAUGACAAAUGGCAAGCCUGUUUGGAUGCAAACGUUAACAGAGCCUGGUUUUCCCACAGUGAAAUAUCAAAGGAAUUGGACUUAAGUGACUCUAUUAAGUAUGUUUCCGAGUAUAUUGCUAAGAAUGGGCCUUAUGAUGGUAUAAUUGCGUUUUCCCAGGGUGCUGCUUUAGCCACUAUCAUAACUAAUCAAAUUACAACCCUAGUUCCAACUCAACCCCAAUUUAAAGUUUCUGUUAUUAUUUCAGGUUAUUCUUUCACAGAACCAGAUCCAGAACAUCCUGGACAAUUGAGAAUUACAGAAAAAUUUGUUAAAAGUUUUACUCCAAAUCCAGAAAGAACUACUAAAAUGCUUUUUAUUUAUGGUUCUAGUGAUCAAGCUGUCCCAUGCCAGAGAUCUAAAUACUUGUAUAAUAUUUACGAAAACUCUAACGUCAAGGAUAAUUUGAAGGCAUUUGAGCAUGAUGGUGGUCACAUGGUACCAAACAAAAAGGGUUUCUUGAGACCAAUUGUUGAAGAAAUUAGUGAAGCUUUGAAAGAUUAG